AAACAUCAGAACGAUGUAAUGCAAGUCAAAGAAUGUAUUGCGCUUUCGAAUUAUCUACACCUCAGUCGCGCACCCGCCCCUCAUCACGAGGUCAGGAAAGAAAAACUGGAAAAUCUGACUCGAGAGUAGGACAGUACUGAUAUGGAACACGUUGGUGGAGGAGGUGUUUGAGAAACAGGUGACAAAGUCGUGUAAUCGCGAUGAAGGACCGCACACAUGAGUUAAAGGCGGGUAAGGAGGCUGAGGAAGAGGAUGAUGUAGCUGUCAAUGUGGAAAAAGAUCGAUUUAUGGAUGAGUUCUUUGUACAGGUGGAGGAGAUCCGAGGCUUAAUUGAGGAGCUCUUAGAGAAGGUGGAGGAGGUCAAGAGACAACAUGGUGCCAUCUUGGCUGCCCCCAAUCCUGAUGAAACAACGAAGUCUGAACUGGAGAAGUUAAUGACAGACAUAAAAACCUUUGCGAACAAAGUGCGCUCCAAGUUAAAAGGCAUUGAACAAUCCAUAGAGCACGAGGAGGUCCUGAACAGGUCGUCCGCAGAUCUAAGGAUACGUAAGACCCAGCAUUCCACAUUGUCUCGUAAGUUUGUGGAGGUGAUGUCGGAGUAUAACGCAACGCAGUCGGACUACCGGGAGCGCUGUAAGGGCCGUAUCCAGAGACAGCUGGAGAUCACUGGUAGGAACACAACCAAUGAGGAACUGGAAAGCAUGCUGGAGAGUGGCAACCCUGCCAUUUUUACGUCAGGGAUUAUCAUGGACUCCAACAUCAACCAACAGGCCAUGAAUGAGAUUGAGACGAGACACACUGAAAUCAUCAAGCUGGAGAACAGUAUCAGGGAACUUCAUGACAUGUUCAUGGACAUGGCCAUGUUGGUGGAGAGCCAGGGGGAGAUGAUUGACCGUAUAGAGUACAACGUGGAGCAUGCUGUGGAUUAUGUUGAGAGAGCUGUGUCUGACACCAAGAAGGCAGUCAAAUACCAGAGUAAAGCCAGGAGGAAGAAAAUAUUGAUUAUUAUAUGUUGUGUGGUGCUAGGUAUUGUUGUUGUUUCCAGUAUUGGUGGUAGUUUAACAUAGAACACACAUUACACACACACGUAUGGUCCCCUCCAGAAUUAUUGGAUGAGCAAAAAUUUAGUUGUAGGUCAGCUUGUUCUUACACUCAGAAGAACAUGGAAGAACGCUAACCUUAAUAUAGGUGACAUUUUUCAGAGAAAAGGUAAAUUUUAAUCAAAAAAAAUAAUCCCCAAAAUUUUUCACAAUUAUUAAUUCCCCUGAAAAUUAUUAUGAAGCAAAUUUUAUGUAUUUAUCUUUUGAUUGAUAUACCUUUUUUAUAACAACGUUUAAGUGGUCAUACAUAAAUACCCUGGGGUCGAAAUAUGAGGUGACAGACGCACUCACUCUACUUGUAAAAUUAUUUUUCAGAGCUUUUGUACAGUGGGAUUCACAGGGAUACUGAUAUGAACUGACAUAGUGGUGAAAGAUAGAUAAGGCUAUUGAAGUCUGGUCUCUGGCUGGGAACCAGCUGUGUGCACAGAGUGGGGAUCUUUACCACUGGGCUCAAACUAUACAUUUUUUAUGUACAUCAGAAUCAUUAGGAUCUUUAAAGUGGUCAAUUAUGACUUCCUGUCUCAUUGGAAUAUCAAUGUGGUGAAACCUGUGCUGUUAUUUUUGCAAUGAGAGGGUGCUAAAUGUACUAAAUGCAGGUCAAUUAUAACAAUGUCACAUAUUUUAGACAAUUAUGUAUUUCUCUUUUACCUACAAUUGUGAUUAUAUAGUAUUUUCUCAUAUUUUGAGGGUAGGAUUAAGCAAUUUGUUAAGGCUGUCAAAACUGAAGGGUUCUGAACAAACACAACCACCAUCAGACACAUAAAUGCACACAACCACCAUCAGACACACACACACACACACACACACACACACACACACACACAAACAAAAGGAAGGUGACACAUUUAUUUGAUAUGCAUGAGUGUCAGUGCUAAAUAACGCAGUUCCAAAUGUGUUACUAAUAUUUGGAUGUUGAAUGUUUUAAAAUAACAUAUUCGUUGUAUUUGUGUUCUUGCAUCCUCACUCCAACUCAUUGGAGGGGUAAAAUUGGUGAUUUUACAAAUGUUGUUCAUUUUUGAUAUGUCUAAAUAAAUGGCCUCUUAAGACUUUU